GCCGCCCGCGGUCUCCCGUCGGUUCUCUCCUUAGUCCGCCGUCUUCCACGGAGCUGCCGGUCCUCGUCUUCGAGCUCGCGGACUCGCGGACGGGCGUCCCCAGCGCGAAGAGGCCGGACGCGGAGUCGUCGCCUUGAGCCUUGCAUUUGAGAAGUUCCAGGUACUUUGUACAAGCACUGUCAGAAGCUGUGUGUUUUCAGCAUUUUUGUAAGGGUUCCACUGAGGUCUUCCUUCAGGCUUGGCAGCAGUCCUCUUUACCCACAGAACCAUCUUGCUGAGCUGUCUGCUUACUCUUUGAAUAGGAGAAUCUCAGUGAUGGCUGCCAUCAGGAAGAAACUGGUCAUUGUUGGUGAUGGAGCUUGUGGUAAGACCUGCUUACUCAUAGUCUUCAGCAAGGACCAAUUCCCAGAGGUUUAUGUGCCCACGGUGUUUGAAAACUAUGUGGCAGAUAUUGAAGUGGAUGGAAAGCAGGUAGAGUUGGCUUUGUGGGACACAGCUGGGCAGGAAGAUUAUGAUCGCUUGAGGCCUCUCUCCUAUCCAGACACUGAUGUUAUACUGAUGUGUUUCUCCAUUGACAGCCCUGAUAGUUUAGAAAACAUCCCAGAAAAAUGGACUCCAGAAGUUAAGCAUUUCUGUCCAAAUGUGCCCAUCAUCCUGGUUGGAAACAAGAAGGAUCUUCGGAAUGAUGAGCACACAAGACGGGAGUUAGCCAAAAUGAAACAGGAGCCGGUAAAACCUGAAGAAGGCAGAGAUAUGGCAAACAGGAUUGGCGCUUUUGGGUACAUGGAGUGUUCAGCAAAGACCAAAGAUGGAGUGAGGGAGGUUUUUGAGAUGGCCACGAGAGCUGCUCUGCAAGCCAGACGUGGGAAGAAAAAGUCUGGGUGCCUCAUCUUGUGAAGCCUUGUGAAGCACAGCCUCAUGCGGUUAAUUUGAAGUGCUGUUUAUUAAUCUUAGUGUAUGAUUACUGGCCUUUUCAUUUAUCUAUAAUUUACCUAAGAUUACAAAUCAAAAGUCAUCUUGCUACCAGUAUUUAGAAGCCAACCAUGAUUAUUAAUGAUGUCCAACCUGUCCGACCAGCCAGGGUCUUUUCUGACACCGCUCUAACAGCCCUCUCUGCACUCCACCUGACACCAGGCGCUAAUUCAAAGAAUCUCUUGACUUCUUGCUUCUUUCUAGAAAGAGAAACAGUUGGUAACUUUUGUGAAUUAGGCUGUAACUACUUUAUAACUAACAUGCCCUACCUAUCAUCUGUCAGCCGCAAGGCACUCUGGUGAGUCACUUCAGAGUUUACUCCUUAACAGAUUCCGUUGGCAGAGUUCUGGGGUGGGCAGCCAGUUUUUUGAAAACUUGCUCAGCCAGAAAGCCCCAAGUCCACACAGCUGUGGCAGAGUUACAGUUCUGUGGUCUCAUGUUAGUUACCUUAUAGUUACUGUGUAAUUAGUGCCACUUAAUGUAUGUUACCAAAAAUAAAUAUAUCUACCCCAGACUAGAUGUAGUAUUUUUUGUAUAAUUGGAUUUCCUAAUACAAUAUUUGUCAUUCCCACAGAAAGUGUAUUGCUUUUUUUUUUUUUUUUUUUUUUUUUUUUUUUUAAAGAAAGUGUAUUUGGAAAUAAAGUCAGAUGGAAAAUUCAUUUUUAAAAUUCCCAUUUUGUCACUUUCUCUGAUAAAAUAUGGCCAUAUUUCCCCUAUGUAUCCCAGUACCCCUUUCCAGACUGGACUAAGUAAAUAGGAAUUUGGUUUCACGCCUGAGGCAGGUAGACCUUGGAGGUGGCAUAGCCUUUCUCACCUGGACUGCAGGGUCUGGCUCUAAGUCACAGUGCUCCUUUUUCCACACUGUAUCCAAGCUGCCUCCCAGAGGAGCCACCAGUUCUUAUGGGUGGCAAGGGGGGGUUUUCUCUUCUCUCCAGCUGACUAAACUUUUUUUCUGUACCAGUUAAUUUUUCCAACUAAUAGAAUAAAGGCAGUUUUCUAAA